AAAAACAGAAUUAGUUUGAGCCGUUACACAUACAGUUAGCCCAUGCAUGUGUAGAAGUUGAGUAGCAAAAAUGUCAACAGAGAUCUCACAAAAGCUAAAGAGAAUAAAUAUCGUAGUAUUUUAUAAAGGCUAAGGCUAUAUGAAGAUUUCCAAGACAUUGAAAGUUCCUAGAGACACAGUUAUCAGCCUAAUUCCUUAAAGUGUGUUUAACCCGUUCUCAUCAUUCUGCGUAUAAAUAACACGACUUUACACUUUCUAGUUGCGUGUAAUGCAUAUACGCCAAAUGCCAUUUUUGCGUGCAUAUGAUACGCCAAUCCUUCACAUUUAUUUCGGUGGAGAGCAGAUGCGUCCAAAUAACACGCAUCAUCUUCAGCGGCAGUGCCGUCACCAGCGAGGCUCGUCCAGUUCACCUGAUGCGCGUACACCUUCAAACAGAAUUAACAGGGAACUUCAACUCCACGCUCCCAAUGCUGAUUUUGAAGAAGCUGUCAAGGGGGCUGAACAAGUCCUUCAAAGGAUCAACCCUUCACAGGAAGGCCUGUCAUGAGAUUUGAAUUUGACCAUCUUGUGCGUUUAUGAAGAAGACCAAAAGCUGCAAAGGCAAACACUUCCAAUGGUACGUCUGUGCGUCUGAGCACCUUGACUGAACCUUACUGCAGAUACAUUUUUCUCAGCAUUUGAUGUUUCUUAAAUUUUGGUUCACAUAGCCCAUCAGGAAGAACAGUCAACAAAGAGCAUGUUGUAGUAGUAAUAAUUCAUACAAUAUUAUACAAUUAUAUUGUACAAGCAUACUUGUACAAAAUUCUACAACUUUUACUCCUACUGCUGUUAUUGGCCAUUACCACAACUCCCAUCAGAUUGUGCCCAUUGUAAGAGUGUUUAUAUCAUGAAGUUUAAAUGAAGUCCAUUGUAUUCUUUAUUAAUCUUUACAAAUACGUGCCGCCUCUUCCUGUUUCAACAGUACCUGAUAUCUUUCCACACCUCAUAGUCUGCCUUUCUUUCUAUGGUGAUUAUACUGAACACAUCUGUCUUAGAAGCAAGAGAAUGGAAAUGCUAGUUUAACUUUUCAAGUGCUACAAAUCAGAUCUUCAAUGAAUUUGGGCAAAUCAGAUCACUUAAAGCUGUUCACACAAAGACCAAUAACUAUAAUGAGAAGUAUUUUAGCAUCCACACCAAAAGACAUUACUGUUCUCUUAAAUCUCUUAAAUGUUCCUCUCAUUCGUUUAAACUUAUACACAAAAUUCUGCCUUUCUCUCCCUAAAUAUCUUGGAUUAUGGUUUGAUGGAAAAUUAACAUGGAAAUGUCAUAUCAGUAAAAUUGAGUCAAAGUGUAAAAAGAUCUUAAAUUGCAUGCCUACGGAUGCUAGUCACAAUUGGGGAGCUAGUCGUAGUGCAUUGUUGUGCAUGUAUCAAGCACUGAUUCGUUCUUGCUUUGAUUAUGGAUGUAUUGUAUAUGGUUCGGCAUCCAAGUCUUUACUGAAAAAAUUAGAUAUAAUUCAAUCCAAAGCACUAAGAAUAUGUUGUGGAGCAGUUAAAACAUCCCCUGUAGAUGCAAUUGGAGUAGAAAUGGGAGAGAUGCCUCUAGAUAUUAGAAGAGAAAAACUGGCAAUUACAUACUGGGUAAAUCUUCAGCAAUCAGCAAAUAAUCACCUUACUCCCAAAGUAUUGGAGGAGUGCUGGGAAUACUCAUAUGAUGGAGGACACAGUUUUGGAUGGAAGAGCAGAGUAUGGGCUAAGGAAUGUUGCAUGGACAAUAAGAUCUUCUGUCCCAGUAUACCACUUACUGAUACUCCACCAUGGAAAGUCCCUGAACCACUUGUAGAUUUGAGUUUACUAGACAAGCCCAAAGAAGAGUACACUGGAAAUGAGGUUAAUGCUUUUUUAAAUAACACAUUUUAUUCAGUAUUACAAAUAUUUACAGAUGGUUCUAAGGAACCUAUCAGUCAAAAGGUUGGAUUAGGUGUAUAUAUUCCACAAUUUAAAAAACAGAUUAGUUUGAGGUUGACUGAUGAGAUGUCUGUGUACACUGCAGAGUUACCGUAUUUUCCGGACUAUAAGUCACACUAAAAAGACAUUGUAUUAGUGUCUCUUUUUUUCUUUUCUUUCACCUGCACUCAGUGUGGAAAGAGUUUAACAUACAAACAGAAUCUCAGUGUUCACAUGAGGAUCCACACUGGAGAGAAACCGUUCACAUGUGAUCAGUGUGAGAAGAGUUUCACAUACAAAGGACACUUUAAGAGACACGUGAACAUCCACACUGGAGAGAAACUGCACAUCUGUGAUCAGUGCGGAAAAACACUUUUUAAGAGCUUCACACCUGAAGGGUCACCUGAAAAUUCAUACA